AUGGCUCAUCACCAUGACCAAUCCAUUCUGUUGCCUCUGCUGCUCAUCACUCUCUCCCUAAUGAGUUGCAAAGAAGUUUUUGCAUCUCGUCACCUUCUGGAGGAAACCACACUGCCUAAGGUUCCUGAGCUUCCUAAGCCAGAAUUGCCACCUCUUCCUACACUCCCUACUUUUCCUAAACCUGAACUCCCACCUCUACCUCAUAUCCCUACUCUGCCAGAGUCCACGUUGCCAACUUUGCCCAAGCCUGAAUUGCCAACCGUUCCGCAUGUCCCAGCUUUGGAGAAGCCUGAACUGUCACCUUUGCCAAAGCUUGAGGUGCCAAAACUCCCAGAAGUCCCUCCUCUACCCCACCUACCUGACCUGCCUAAGCCCACACUGCCCACCGUCCCAACCCUUCCAAAGGACAUUCCCUUCCCUUCCCUCUCCCCACCCCACUCAAUCACUAGCCCUUGA